CCGACCAGAGCCCCGCCCCCGCCCCUGUCCCGCCCCUCCCCGGCCUCGCACGACCGCCGUGGCCCCGCGCCGCGGCGGCGGCCCUGCACCGCUGCGACCAGGCGAGCACGGCGAGCAUGAAGACCGCCGCAGCCCCGCACCGUGGUCGCCGGAGGAGGACGCCAAGGUCAAGGCCUACAUCGAGGAGCACGACACUGGCGGCAACUGGAUCGCCCUGCUGCAGAAGAUUGACAGAUGGAGAACCUGGAUAUUUGUCGUUGACUUUGACGUUCCGAUGCUAAUUAAUGUUCAAAGUGCAGCUCACCUUCUUGAUAGGCAUGUCAAGGAUAUUGUAACUGAGAGUGAUCAGUGCAGCAUAGAAGAAUUCAUACCGCUCUUGAGAGAGCGCCUGAAUGUGUUGAAUCCUUAUGUAAGACAAUUUCUUGUGGGGUGGAUAACCGUGUUAGACAGUGUUUCUGAUAUUGACAUGCUUGGUUUCCUUCCUGAUUUUCUCAAUGGUUUAUUCAAUAUGCUGAGUGAUUCCAGUCAUGAGAUAAGGCAGCAAGCUGAUGCAGCACUUUCUGAGUUUCUGCAGGAGAUAAAGAACUCACCAAAUGUAGAUUAUGGUCGUAUGGCUGAAAUACUUGUUCGGAGAGCAGGCUCUAUUGAUGAAUUCACUUGGUUGACGUCUAUCACAUGGUGCAUAUCAACGAGUUUGUGAAGCUUGGUGGGGAACAACUUGUUCCUUACGAGAAGGAGAAAAUCCGAGUGGUUGCACGCGAAACAAAUGAGGAACUCCGUGCUAUAAAAGCUGAUCCAGCUGAGGGAUUUGAUAUCGGAGCAAUUCUUUCAAUCGCAAUUAAAAAGGUUCUCUAAGUACCUUGGAAAUGAAAUUAUGUAGAACUAUCAGGCAUCUAUCUGUGUGGUAAUUUGAGUUGUUUAUGCUCUGCCUGUGCUGGUAAUUUGCAAACUGUUAGGCAUCAAUGCGUACCUGCAUGUUUUUAAGUUUUUACAUCGCUAUAUGUUUUUUUGGUCAACUUAGAGUUGGACAUGUGACAGUUACAAUUCAUUUUGACAACACAAGUCCUUUUGGACCUGGUUUAUUUACAUAUUUUCUGGAACA